AAUUUGAAUACUGAAACAAAAACAUGUGUUCUUGAUGGAUAUUUGGAAAUAAAUAAUUUAUUUAUUUAAUUGUUUAACAAUGUAUAAUUAAUCAACAAGGGAAAUUGCUACCAAAUGGUUAAAGGUUUAUUCAUCGAUCAAUGAAAAUAAAUACCUCGAUAAUAGUUUAUUUGGUUCAAUGAUCUUGUACUAUUAAUUGGUCAAUGGUCAUCUGUUGUUCCACAUUUGAUUUCACCAGAAUCUCUUAAAUUUUAACAUGAUUGUGGCAUCGACAGUAUCGAUACCUUCCCCAGAUAAUACUGAUUUUGGAUAAUACACUGUGUUUUACAAUAAAGGUCAUCCAAAAUGUCAUCAGUGAAGGUAGCAGUGAGAGUAAGACCUAUAAAUAGGAGAGAGUUGAACCAUAAAAGUGAAUGUAUAAUUCAGAUGGUUGCAAAUAAAACUGCAAUAACAAAUCCUAAAACAAAACAAGCAAAGACUUUUAGCUUUGACCACUCAUUCUGGUCAUACUCUGAAAAUGAUGAACAUUUUGCUUCACAACAGAAAGUUUACUUUGACGUUGGUCAUGAAAUGCUGGAGCAUGCUUUGGAAGGGUACAACAUAUGUAUCUUCGCCUAUGGACAAACAGGUUCUGGGAAAUCUUACACAAUGAUGGGGAUGUCUGAACAAAGAGACAAAGGAGUUAUACCACAACUGUGUGAAGAGCUCUUUGAAAGAACAGAAACAAUGGCUUCUGAGUGCGAGGAAUUAUCGUUCUCUGUCGAGGUCAGCUACAUAGAGAUAUAUUGUGAACACGUUCGCGAUUUGCUCAAUCCAAAAAACAGAGGGAAUUUACGCGUCAGGGAACAUCCUAUCAUGGGACCUUACGUUGAAAGUCUUUCAAAACUCGCGGUCACUUCAUUCGCUGAUAUCAACGACUUGAUGGAUGAAGGAAAUAAAGAUAGAACUGUUGCAGCGACAAAUAUGAACGAAACUAGCAGUAGAUCCCAUGCAAUUUUCACGAUAAUUCUCACACAGAAAAGAUAUGAUGAACUUACAAAAUUAACAAGCGAAAAGGUCAGCAAACUGAGUUUAGUUGAUCUCGCGGGAAGCGAAAGAGCAAGUGCCACAGGUGCAGAAGGAUUUCGUCUCAAGGAGGGCGCAAAUAUCAACAAAUCACUCACAACUCUGGGAAAAGUUAUUUCUGCCCUGGCCGAACAGUCAAGUGGGAAGAAAAGGCGAAGAUCUGAUUUUAUUCCUUAUCGGGAUUCAGUCCUCACUUGGCUUCUUAAGGAAAAUCUAGGUGGUAAUUCCAAAACAGCAAUGAUAGCGACUUUGAGUCCAGCAGAUAUUAAUUUUGAAGAGACGCUCAGUACCUUGAGAUACGCCGAUCGAGCGAAGCAGAUUGUUUGUAAAGCUGUUGUUAAUGAAGAUCCAAACGCAAAGAUUAUCAGAGAAUUGAAAGAAGAAGUGUCAAAGUUGCGUGAUUUGAUUCAAAGAGAAGGAUUAGAUCUCGAGAAAAUUGAAGGUCUCAGCAAUAUUGGAGAAAACAGACGAAGCAGCGAGACAAAUGAAGAUAUAGCUGCUUUGGAAUCUAAACUAAAGGAAUCUGAACGAUUUGUUGCUGAGCUUACUGAAACCUGGGAAGAAAGGUUAAAGAAAAGCGAAGCAAUCAAAGCAGAAAGGGAAGCGAUGUUGGCUGAAAUGGGAGUGGCUCUUGGAGAGGAUGGCCAUAGUGUUGGAUUAUUUCAACCAAAAAAGGAUCCUUACUUGGUUAAUCUUAAUGAAGAUCCUCUUAUGUCAGAGUGUCUACUGUACUAUAUUAAAACUGGACUAACAAGUGUUGGUUGUGCAUCUGGUGUUGUCUCUCAACAUAUCAGACUUAAUGGAACAAACAUUCAAGAACAACAUUGCACACUCAAUAACGAAGAAGGAAACGUUAAAAUCAUUCCAAUUGAGGAUGGAAAAACAUUUGUCAACGGAAAACGAAUUACGGAAGGUGUCUUAUUGCAGUCAGGUGACAGAAUUAUCAUGGGAGAAAGUCACAUAUUCAGAUUUAACAAUCCUGAACAAGUCAGGAUUGCUGUAUCGGAUGACAAAUGUCUUGUGCAAGAAAGUUUAUUGAAGCAAGAGGGAGCAGUCUUCGACUGGUCUUUUGCUUUGCAAGAACUUCGCAGAGAACAGGGUGUUGAUGAUGCAAGAGUGCUAAAGUUGGAAGAACAAAUUCAACAAGAGAAAAAGGCAGCUGAUGCAUUAUUGAAACAACAAAAGCAGACAUAUGAAUCAAAACUUGAAGCUCUUCAGAAAAAGGUCGAUUUAUCUUCCCCUCCCUCGGUGGAAACAUUAACAAGCACAAGUGAAAAUGAUCUGGACAGUUCCACAAGUGCGGGCGCCGAAGCGUUCAAUUGGACCGAACGAGAGGAAUAUCUCGCCCGGUUAGCCGUGGAAAAGUGGAAAACAUUUCAUUUCGUAUCGCUGAAGGAAGACAUUCUCAGACAUACAGUGUCGUUAAAGGAAGCCAACGUGAUUAGUUUGGAACUGAAGAAAAAGGUGAAAUUUCAGUUUGUCAUAUUCGCUCAGAACGACUACUUCAAUAUUCCGGACGCUGUGGAUCAAGAUCUGGAACCCAGGUCUCCUCGUACAGUACUCGCCGUUGAAGUUUCAGAUAGUAAGAAUGGAGUGAUACAUUUUUGGAGUCUGAAAAAGUUUAGGCUAAGGUUGAAAAUGAUGAAAGAUCUUUACAAUAAUAUUGCCAUGGCAACUGAGCAACGAGAUGGCGAAACUGAUGAGCCGUUUUAUGAUGAUUUUCCCUGGUUUCGUUUGAUUGGCAGAUCAUUUGUGUAUAUGAGGCACUUGUUCUAUGGUACAUCCCUGGAUCAGAAAGUUCCAAUCAUCAACGAAAGAUCAAACAUUUUGGGAACCUUGCUUGUAAGAAUUGAGCCGAUUGCAGGCGACGAGAGCUCGGAAUGUGAUAAAAGUUUCCUUCCCAAUGUAGCUUGGAUCACCGGAAAAAGUGAGGAGCAAGAAUGCUCAGACAUGGACAGCGUUGACAGUCACCAUGAAGAUCGGCUGAGAAUUGGUUCAACUUUAGUUCUUCGUGUUACAAUUUUGGAAAUGCUUGAUGUUCCCCAGGAAUAUAAUGAUGUCUUUUGUCAGUUUAAGUUUAUAUCGUUGGCGGGAGAAGAUAACACGUUUUCAUCCGAUAUUGUUCACAACACACCUUCACUACUCAGUGAAGUGACUGUUCUUUCUCAAGAUAUAGGUGUUGUGGUCUCCUCUGCAUUUCUUGAAUAUAUCGAAAAUAAACCUCUUGUGUUUGAAGUAUUUGGGCACUACUAUCAACAACCUUCACGUUUAGAACGAAAACUAAGCUCACCUCGUCUUUCCGAAUUAGUUCCUGCUCGUGAUAUCAAAAGUUCUCGUACAGCAGAUGUACCGAAAGAAAGUCAUAACGACCCUUUGCUUUUACGAUUACCUUCGCCUAAACGGACUCAUGAUCCAGGAUUGGUGUACGAGUUAUUGGUCCGUGUGCAGUUUCUUGAGCUGGCACCCAAUGGAGAAUAUAGUCCAUGUUUCGUGAAACAUUGCCACGGUAAUCUCAAUGCUGGCAUCGUCUUACUCCAUCAAGGAAUUCAGCGAAGGAUUUUAGUUACAAUUCUCCAUGAUAAUUACCCAGAAAUUAGAUGGAAGGGCGUGGCAGAAAUAUGGCUAGGAAAUAUCCUUCCAUUGUCGUUGUGUGAAUCAGACGGAACCUACCAGAUGACGUCAUCUGGAGACAACCAAUGGAUACCACUCGCUCCAGGCCCUGUCAGUCUUUCUCAUCCUGUCGAAUCAAUUUCUUUUUUCAAAUUUGAAAUUCCAUGGGACUCGUCCUUGCAUAACUCCAAGCAUCUGGACAGGGUAACAUAUCCUGGUGAUUUGAUCUCAAUACAACUGUAUGUUACCCUUCAGCUUGAAGGCUUUGAGCAAGCUGUUUCUCUUCAAAAGGAACUUCUUGUGGCGAUCUACAACAGGGCAUCGAAAACCACGCCUUCGAGAUCAAUUUGGAGUCAACUAUUCUCCAACAAAACUCCAGAUAAUCCUGAUAUGAACCAAUGCAGCGGGGUUUAUGAAUUAGUAAUUACUCCAAUCAGCAACAAAGAAGAAGAGGAGAACGCUGCCGUGGCGUAUGUUCGGGGUGAGGAAAAUAUUAAAGACUGGCGGCCAAGGAGUUCUUCGUUAAUUGAAGAACAUUUCAAGAAACAGUGUAAACUACUUUAUAUUCAAGAGGUAUGUAAAGUUCGACACUUGCUAAUGCUUCGCAGCAAGUUGUCAGAACAUGAUCUUUCAUCAACAUAUUCAUCACCUCGCUCGGAAAACAGCAGAUGUUCAGACGAUUUUAGAGACGACGAGAGUGAAUCGAUGAUGAGCUCUGGAAAAACUGAUAAAGUCCAUGAAAUUCUAGACAAGUAUGUUCAUUUAUUGAACAACUCACGAAGUGAAAAGAAAUUAAUACAGCUGGGAGAGGUCAACAAGCUUGCUUUCGACAGCAGUCACGUGACAGGCAUGAGAACGGAAAUAAGAGAGAUUGUGAAAAAUAAUGUCGUGUCGAAGAAAGGUUUUCUUCUGCUCUUGGAGGAUGAUUCCUGUCGUUGGAGGAAAAUUUGGAUGGUGAUCAGAAGGCCUUACGCGUUUUUUUAUCGCACAGAAGACGACCAGAUUGAAAGAAGUAUCGUAAAUUUAUGUCACACGAAAGUUUCAUGUCACGAAGACGAUAAAGAUCUUCAGGUAAAUAUUAUUUCCUUGCAAGCUAAACAUCGUGGAUAUUUGGUUAAACCAGUGAACCAAAAAGAUAAAGAGUUUCAUGAAUGGCUCUACGCUUUUGACCCUCUCCUCGCUGGGACAAUAAGGUCUAGGGCAAAUUCAGUACGGCUUAAACAACGUUGAACGACGCGCUUCGGUAUGGAACAAAUAUAUGUGAUUUUGGCGUGACGUUUGGUCAGGGGUCGGAUAAGUGGUGGAACCUUGGGUUGGGAACAACGUUGAUAUUAUUGGUGGAUAUAGAGUGAAACUAUUAAUUAUAUUUAGGACAAACAAUACAAUUUAUAAAUAGUUACAAUAGCAUAUUUAUUUAUAUAUAAGUUGCAUGG